UGAACCGCAUCUAUGACUCCGAGAUAGACAUGGAGAGUGGCUCUGUAUCUAAGUAUGGUAAAGCUGUAACAGGAUUAGGAAGAACAACGAUCACAUCCGAGUCUUCUGAAUUAUAUCACCAUGCUUUAACAGAUGGCGGCACGUGGAGCGAUUGUUCAAUACUUGUCACGGAGUACUCAAACUGUAUGGAAGCUAUUUGUCUGAAGCUGCCAUCGGACUUGGCGUCGUGCCUUUUCCUGGAGCUGAGCAGGUCCCCGACCUACACACUCCGGUUCGCACGGUGGGUCACCAGAACACGCCCGGAGAAACGAAGCACAAACGUCGACAACAUGUUAUGUAACGUCUACCAAAAAAGACAGGAAAAUUUAGUGUCUGGCAAUCACGAAAUGAAGAACAGACAAACAACGUUAACGUUACAACGAUUUGAAAGCAGAUUUUCAAAUUAUGAAAUUCUCUCAGUUUGUCUGAAGUUGAAGGAUGCUUCUGGCAUGACCUGGCUCGUUCAUGUGGCAAUAGAACUGCAGGAACCUAUGAACACCGGGACGCAACGAGACUUGUGUUGGAGUAAAAGGCUGCACCCUUUGGUUACCCAGAAGGUCCAUUUGGAAAACCUGUUUUCUUACUUGUGUACUGUGGGAGGUGCUUACUCUGCUCUUGGUGACUACAACAUGUACCAUGCAGAUCAGGCUGCAGUUGUCUCCCUACAACAGCUGAAGAUUGCCAGCACGCUGGGGGACCCAGUCUUGUUGUCAUGCUGCUGUCUGUGGUACGCCUUGAGCUUAAUGCAGAAAGGACUCUUCAAACAAGCUGAGAACAUUGUCAGCAAGCAGUACCAGUUUUCCAAGACUCCUGAAGCAGGAUGUAAUCAGCGGCUGCAGAAAAUGUGUCAGGGCAUCUGGAAUAAAAUAAAGGCCAUGAAGACAGUCAGAGGCACACAGAACAACCACCUUGAACCACGUGCUCCAAAGGAACUCUACUAACUAGAUACAUGUAGUUUACAAUCAUCAAAAAAAAACAACCUUCAUUAGGUUGGUAAAGCAUAAAAUAUAGGGUUUUUCUUUUGCACAACCAAUAUUGUCUCUUACCUUUUUAGUCUUUAUUAUAAACAUAAGCUACGUAAGAGACAAUAUUUUUUGUGCAAAAGAAAAUCCCUAUAUCCUAGAUAGUGUAUAGUUUACGGUGUUGGUUGCUGGUCCCAUGGCCAAGGGAACUGUGUUUAUUUGCUCCUCACAGCCAGAUUUGCCAAACCACACCUAAUGACAUAGAGCCUUGUUACCCAUGUUGUCUGUUGCCCCAGUGAGCAUAAGGCCACACCAAUUUGAUUUGUUGGUUCUCAGAUUUUUUCAGAAAAAAUAUAUGAAGUGAGAGUGAAAGAAAACAGGCCUAGGCAUCCUAUUAUAGCCCCAAAUGCUACAAUCAUAGGAGCCAUGCAUGAAGCAAUCAUAGGAGCCAUGCAUUAAGUCAACAUACCAGGCUGGUUUAAAAUUUGAACAAUGAAUUUUGAACUUUUCAUGAAACCACUGCAUUGAUAUAUGUAAAAACUGUAACAACUAGGAAGAAAAGGACUGCUUCAACUGUUCAGGGCAUAAAUAUGAUCAUUUUUCAGUUGAUUAUUGAAAUCUGAGAAAAAUGAAGCAUGUGAAUCCGUGAACCAACAAAUUAAAUUUGUGUGGCAUAAACUACGAGUCAGUGGCACACAUUUUUCAUCAUGCCUUUAAUAACUUUGUAAUAAGAAUUGUAUUAAUUUUUUUGUUAUUAUUGGCAGUGGCUUUUAAUUUUGAAAUUCUCUGGAAAAUCGCAUAACGGUAGUGUUUAUAUACAUACACAUGUAAAUGGCAAUGUUGACUGAUGUUAAAUAAAAAAAGCUGAGAAGUACACUCCUCUGUGAAUUAUUACCUUCAUCAAGAAGGUUAGUUUUUGAUAGCAUUCAUAUGUGUGGCGGAAAAACCUGUCAUUUUU